GAACUUCUAUUACAUCACCAUGCUGAGGGAUCCAGUGUCACGGUACUUGAGUGAAUGGAAGCAUGUCCAGAGGGGUGCGACAUGGAAAACUUCCCUUCAUAUGUGCGAUGGAAGAAGCCCAACACCAGACGAGCUGCCUACCUGUUACGAAGGAGACGACUGGUCUGGAGUCGGUUUACAGGAAUUCAUGGAUUGUAGCUACAACUUGGCCAACAACCGCCAGGUGCGCAUGCUGGCAGACCUCAGCCUGGUGGGAUGCUACAACUUGACUUUUAUGAAUGAGAGUGAAAGAAAUAUGAUUCUUCUCCAAAGCGCCAAGAACAAUCUGAAAAAUAUGGCCUUCUUUGGGCUCACAGAAUUUCAGAGGAAAACGCAGUAUCUCUUUGAGAGGACAUUCAACCUGAAAUUCAUUUCCCCAUUCACCCAGUUCAAUGUUACGCGAGCCUCCAAUGUGGACAUCGGUGAGGAUGUGCGGCAGCGGAUAGAGGAACUGAAUUUCUUGGACAUGCAGCUGUAUGAAUAUGCGAAGGACCUGUUUCUGCAGCGCUUCCAGUACUCCAAGCAAGAGGAGCAUCAGAAGAACCGGCUAAAGAGGCGAGAGGAGCGCCGGCUGCUGCGGGAGCAGAGAGCUCACCAGUGGCCGAGGGAAGAGGCAGCAGAAGUAGCUGUUACUGAAGAUUAUAAUAGUCAGGUUGCAAGGUGGUGA